AUGGCUCGUUUAUCUGAGGAUGAUAUCUUUCGCUUCCGUCAUGAACAACAAGCUGCUAGAGAGAAAAGGAACCCAGCAAAAUCUCUCUUGGAUAAUGAUGCUAGCCACUCGGGUACCGAAAGCACUCGCCCUGCUAAAAAGAAAAAGAAGAAUGGAGAUCACGAUUAUGUCAAGAAUAAAAACUCGAGUCAGCCAUCCCUAGAAGAGUUCAUGGCUAAAGGGACUGCAACUGAGGCGAACAAAGGUUGUUCGUCAAGUGCUCCGCCCCCUUGCUGGGAAAAUUUGCUGAAGGAAUUUGAAGAGUUAACUUCUGAAGAAGUGACUUCUCUUUGGGACUCGAAGAUUGAUUUCAACUCUCUAGUGGAAACCAAUUUGGUUUUUGAGGCUGAUCGGGAAAAAUUGAGAAAGAUUGGUUUGAAGGAGGCCUGCCAAGCCGUGAUGACCAAAGGCUUGGAGAUUGCUGUUAUCUCCAAGAUGAUUGAUUUAGAAUCUGCUGGGUUUGAUGGUCUUGCCAGCGCAAGACUUGUUGAAGAAAAGGAGAAAGAGAUUGGGAAGAUGAAAGCUACCAUGAAGUUGUUGGACAAAUCCAACAAAGCUAAUGAGAAAAACGCUGCUGAUUUGGCAUUGGAGGUUGCCAAUUUGAAGAAGUCUGCUGAAGAAAACAAUGCAUCUUUUCAAGCAUUGACUGGUGAAAAUGUGAAGGUGAAAACUGAUAUCACCCAAAUGACUGCUGUGCACAACCAGCUUCUUGAAGAGAACUCUAAGUUAAAAUCAGAAGUUGCUGAAUUGAAGUGCUCUGUCCUGGAUCAAUUUGAAGCUGGCGUCGCCAAAGCGAUAAAGCAUAUCACCUUUCUCAAUCCUGAUCUGGCUAUCAACUUUCAGGGCUCCAAUCCUUACUCCCGCAUUGUGGAUGCUGAUCUUCAAGAGAAAGUAGCUACACUGACAGCCAAACUGGAAAAUACCUACAAGUCAGUGCGUAUGCUGAACAGUGGAUCUAAUAUGCUUGAAGAGAUUCUGGAAGAAACAAGCAAGCAAGGAAUGAGUGUUAAAGGCAUUGGUUUCAGUUACAAGUCUGAGAAUAGAGGAAAUCAGAAAGCAUCAAGGAACAAGAAAGAGUCUGUGAAGGGAAAGAUAAUGAGAACUGUUGGUGGUGCUAGGGUUAUGGGUUUGCACACAAGUUCUUCCACUCAAUCCAAGAAGAACUCAAGAACUCCUUCCAAGAAGCACUACAAGUCUUGUGCAACCCCAAUGCAAAACCCUGAAGCCCCUGUGCCUGAGGAUGUUUCAAACACUUCUGUCUCUGCAAAUGAUGAAGACGAUGUCGCGACAUCUUCCCAUGGCUCCAAUGAGACAUUGUCUGAUAAGCCUGCCAAGGAAGUUUCACUCUCAAAGGAUUCUUCCUCUUCAUCCAAGAGUUCUGAUUCCAAGGCUGCAAACUCAACGGAUGUUUUGUCAGAGGAGUCGAUGAAGACCCCUCCCAUUGUUCAUGAUGUCUCUGAUGAUGAAGAUUCAGAGGAUGUGCCUCUGGCGAGUGUUGCUGCCAGAAUGCUUAAACGAAGAAGAGCAUCUGUUGAAGAAACCCCUGUUGUCCAGAAGAAGAAAGCCAAGAUCACUACUGGGUCUUCAAAAUCAAGGGCAACCGAUGUGUCAAGGAAAGGCAAGCAGAAAGCUGUGGAAUCGGUUGAGGAAGACAGUGAUGAACAUAGGAAAAUGCUAUGA